AUGGCAGCCAUCGCACCACUGAUUCUGGAUACAGCAGCCGAGAUAUGGGAACAUAUGGUUCGUCCACCACUUAUUCACGUGACGUUGGGUCAUACAGCAAGGAUGCUGGUUAUGGUGGCGGUUCUCGCUCUAUGGGCAGUGGUGGUGGCUCGUGGUCAGCUGGAGGAGGAGCGUCAGCAUACGGAGGUUCGUCCCGUGACUACGACAACUGGAUGCCGGGGAUGUCUUCAUCCCAGGGUCACGGAAGUCACGGAAUGGGCAGCGGUAAUUGGUCGUCUUCACGAGACUCACAGUGUUGGCUCUGUUAUAGAUGCGCACUGGUCAGGAGGUGGCAUGGGCGAUGGACACGGACAUGUCUCCUCUUAUGACAAGUACGACAAGUAUGAUUCGUACGACAAAUACAGCCGACGUUACUGA